AUAUACUCAAUCCAUAUUAAAUCAUGGUGAAAAUGUCUCCGGAAAUUUAAUCAUUUAGAAAAUGGAUUAAUACAAUAUGUUUGUACCUUGAUUUGAAUACACAGAAGCUAACUGUCAUUGCUAUAGGACUCCUACAGUGUCAUGUACAGACUGUGUGGUGAACCCUGUACGUAAACUUGUCUUUUGGACUUUUGUGUGUAGCGACGUCUUUUAAGAUGCACACGUGAUAGGCCUUAUAAUAGACAGUAUGUGUAAGGCAAUUAUCACAAAAUUCACAAAUGAAAGACGUGAACAAAAUUGUUUGCUAAUCCCAUCAUAACCUGACAGAUCUUCCGGGUUUAGCUUCCAGCAGAGAGAUAUCAUAUCCAGGUAUCUUUAAAUAUUUCUAAAACAUUCGCUGCAAGGAAAACAAGGAACCUGCUUAAUUGUGGAUCUGCCGAUUAUAAAUAUGGAGCAAAGUGAACUUUCUAGCAAUGUUAAUUGUGGAAAUAAAAAGAAGAACAAGGAUGGACGAAAGCAAAAUGUUCACCAAAGUAUUCAACACAAUGCUAACACCAGAAUAAAGAAGAUAUACAGUGAUCCAUGUAGUUCCUGUUUUACCCAGACAGGGAGGUGUAUAAGUUAUGCGUGCGAUAUGGCCUGGUGCCGGGUGAGGAGACCUCUCCGUAAGCAGAUUUUGUACACGGGCAUUUUACUAGUGACAACCAGUGUCGUUGUACAGCUCCUUAACUCUUCAAGUGUCAGUUUCCAUGACAGCCUCAAAAGUAUCAAAAAAGAAAAGUCCUUGGGACUUGGCAUCACCAGAGUCUGGAACAGAAAGACAACUUUGGAGAGCAAUGAUCACAGAACCCGGCAAUCCAGUUUCGAUAGAUUUCAAAUCAAUCCCUCUGUUCCCAUGCGGAUAAACCAGCAGGGGGCGCUGUUGUUUGGCCACUUCCGAAACUACACAAGUUACCUGACAAUCGGUAUACCGUCCGUACAUAGGGAUGGCGUGGACUACCUUGAGGACACACUUAACUCCCUUGUUAAGAGCACACAGGUGAAGGAGCGAAAAGAGGUUAUCAUUCUAAUAUUCCUGGCGGACCAACACCACGACGUCGUAACAAACAGGGCUAAGAAACUGUACGACAGCUACAAGGAGCAUGUAGAUUCCGGAUUUAUUCAGAUAGCACACCCAGAUCAUCAGUACUAUCCCGAUUUUAGUAAACUCGACCGCAACUUUAACGAUUCUGCAACGCGCGUUGCCUGGAGAAGCAAACAGAACAUUGAUUACGCUUAUAUGUUUCUUUAUAGUAAAAAUUUGUCACAAUAUUAUAUGCAGCUCGAGGAUGACGUACUCACUGCAAAAUCAUAUCUAUCUCAGGUGAAGCGGUUCGUAAAAUCUAGACCACCAAAGAUAAAAUGGUUUUGUAUUCAAUUUUCCCACUUGGGAUUCAUCGGUAAGAUGUUUCAAGCAGCUGACUUACAGUCUAUAGGGGAAUUCCUUCUCAUGUUUUAUUCAGAGCAGCCUGGUGAUUUGUUGAUAAAUUAUAUGAAACGAAUAAAGACACAAUUCAAGGACAUUUUAAUGAAGCCGUCAUUGUUUCAACAUCGUGGCGUCAUCUCAUCUCUAAAAGACAAAAAACAAUUUCUAGUGGACAAAAGUUUCCGCGAUAGAACGGGGAAUGACAGGAAGAAGUUUUAUCAGAAAAAUCCACCAGCGGAUAUAUUCACCUCAAUAGAAGUAUACGAUAAUCUAAAACCCGAGUUUGCUUACGAUCUUAGUAACAAAUAUUUCUGGGGGCUGAGUCCAAACUUGGGCGACUAUUACAGAAUAUCAUUCCACAAACCUGUGAACAUAAGUCGUGUAUACGUCCAUUCUGGGUAUCCUAAAAACCCCAAGGAUAUUCUUUACAACGCUGCUUUAAAAAUAUCUAGGGUGAAUAAUUCAAGUCAUGUCACACAAGAAGCUUGUGACAACAGAGAAAUGUUCGGGACUUUCACCCGCACAGGAGACUUUGACACCAAAGCGCAAAACAUCACGAUGCCUAUAUACAAUGUGGGAUGCAUUUCUAUCGAGUUGACAAAGGCCCAGAAAGAAUGGCUGAUCAUCAGGGAAAUUUCGAUUUUUACCGUGACAUAAUAUGCCUUUACCGAUUGACAAAUGCAUAAUGUUCGCUUGCAUUGCUUUGGUAGUAAAUAUAUAACUAUGGCCAAGUCAUUUUAUUGGAACUUAAUUUAGUCGCAUACAUUGGUGUUUCAUCCUGCUUACGUGGUUGAAAGUUCAAUAUUCAAAAUGCUUUAACGCAACUGUGAAAACAAAUGUUGAUUAUUAUUUUUAUUUGAAAGCAAUACUUACAUAUCGAUUCAGCGUUUUUGUUGUCUACUGUAACUGAUCAUUUUAAAUUUUGUCUUUGGUACGACAAAGUGUUUAAUUAGGGUGCGAUCUAGAAACGACUAGGCCGGCCUUGGGUACAUGACUUGUACGAGUUAGUAAUCCAGUUUGCAAGCAUCUAGAACCGACUACUAGUCACGUUUAAAUUGCCCAAAAGGUGAUGUGAUCAAUAUCACUAGAUAUACAGAGCUCACACGUAAUGGACUAAGUAGUUACACUGCUUCCAAACGCUCAUCUAAGGCCUACCAAGAGUUCACCUCACGCAAUAUUAUCGUACCUAAUCAAUGUGUUAUACACGUGGUACCCGCCAAUAUCGUCGCCAUAUGUUGAAGUACAACUUCGGUGUUCAUCUGUAGAUUUGGAGUCCGCGUGUCUCAAACCGGUGGUUACCAUGGUGAUUGGCAUAUUCCUGGGAUUCGAUAGAAGACACCAUGACCUAUUCCAAACGCGGUGUAUGAAGUCCUCCAGGACCAGUCUAACUCCAUGAGAUCUAAAGACUUACUGUGUGUUAGUGUGUCUAUUCGUCUAUGUUUUUUGUCUUUCCAUAUCAACGUUAACUUACAAAGUUGUCUUAGCAUUGAAACUAACAAUAAUAUUUGAUUUUUUUAAAUUGAAUCUCACUCUGAUAUUAUCUUGUAGGUCAUAAUCUAAAAUUCGCAUUGUUAAUGCAAAAUUUCAAUUAAAUAUAUUAUUUCGCUUGUUUAGAGGAACAAGGACGUAUCUCCAACAUGGAGUGCUUAGAUGUAAAGGGCCGGUAUCUCAAAUUUAUCCAUUUUUAGAUUUUAAUAAAUUACAACUACGAGUGAGAUUUUCUUACAGAAUCUGUACAUUAUGUCAAUUGAAAUGAUCUAAUUCUGUUAAAAUACUAUGUGAUUUAAAAGAAUUGGAUAAUUUCCAUUGAUAUCAAGUACAUAUUCUAUAAGAAAAUCUCAGUCGGAAUUGUAAUUUAUCAAAAUCUAGAAAUUGACAAAUUUGAGAUACGGCCCUUUACUUCUAAGCACGUCAUGUUGGAUAUACGUCCUUGUUCCUCUAAACAAUCGAUUUUAUUUGAUACGUUCAUGAGUAAAUGCCACUGAGAAAUAUUGUCGAAUAUUGUUGAAUAUGUAUCCUUAGUGAUGAACUUAUUGUUUUAGUCUGAUAAUCUUACUUGGUAAUUAAAGAUAAGUACAGCGUUAUUUGAUGAUGAGACUCACACAUCACAAUAUUUUGGUAUACACUCUCGUAUAAAGGUGCUGUUGCAGGAAUGCUCUAAAACCGCCCACGAAGUAAAUCGAUCCUUGUCAAUAAUUAUUAUAAUUAAUUAAUUAUUAUAAUAAAUAUAUUAAUAAACAAUUAAUAAUAAGACGUAUAUAUAUUAAUAAUUGGGAUUAAUUGGGAUUGUGAUUGGGUCCGGUAUGAUAUACAUGUAUAUCAUAUCAUAUGUUAAUUCACAUAAUAUAUUUCAAUCAGAAAUCAUUCGAGAUUAUUUCUUUAUCAUCUGCGACAAAUCGUCAUCGUGUAUUUUACUGCCAGGUCUGAUGUUUUCAUAGUGACAUGGACGGAUGACAUUCGGUGCUUGACUCCGGCUACCACAUAGCGCAGCCUUUGAUGAACAUUGGCUAACAAACUGUGUCAAAUGAUAUUCUAUUUGAAUGCAUAUUACUUAUUCUUUUCAUCAAAUGCAAUAUAUUAUUGUCAUGUUUUAUGUAAGUUCUAGCGAGUACACGUUUCAAUGUAUACUAGCAGUACUGGCAGAAAUCACCAGAUUUUGUGGGGAGUCGGUGUUAAAAGGUUACAAUAAAGAAGAAAGGUAAAAUUUGUGAAAAAAGGGAAAUAUGAAGAGGAGGUACAGCUUGAGUACAUACUGACUAUAUCACAAAAUAUUUUUACUUUUAUUGGUGUUAAUACCAUCAAGAUAAAGUUUUUGAAAAAAUUGGAAAUAUUUACUGGUACAGCUUGAUAAAAACAAUCUAUAUUAUUAGUCCAUAACAUGAAAAAUGACAUCACCGUUUGUUAUAUCGCUUUUGACUGCCUGAUUAAGGGGCUUAACAAUAUUGUAAGAAAAGAUAGACAAAAAAGACUGUUCUCUCAUUAUAAACCCCUUUACUGUUCAUGUAGAGAGCACUCUGCUAUUUUGUGUUAUAACUACAUAACGAAAACAAAUUUAUAUUCCAGUUAACUCUAAAAUAUUCCACCUUUGAAGCUUUUCCCACUUGCUUCUGUGACUAAAACAGAUUUUGAUGCAUAGUUGUGUUGAUAUCAUCAUAGAUCAACAUUGUAUUUCAGCGUGUCCUUGUAACAUCUGGCGUAAGUCAAGUGUAAUGGCACUAUCUGAUUGAUGAUUUUUUUUCGGUUUUUCUUUUCAUGUGAAGAAUAAUGGUGUUAAAUGUACUUUUUAGUAAUACAGUGUUAUCUGGUGAAAUUGAAAUGGAAAUGACGGUUCACAUUUUCUUGGUAUUUUUGGUAAACGUGAUAUAAAAUGGAAAUUCAAAUCCCCUUAUAUGAUUUGGAUAAUUUAAAACGAAAAUUGGGAUUCACAUUUAUUUCUAUAUUUUGGUAAAUGUGAAAUGAAAUGGAAAUUCGCAUUUCCUUGUAUUGUGAAUGCUACAACUGUUCUAAUCUGGUCAAUGUGAAUCAUAAUGGAAUAGAGCGUCACAACGCCAUCGUUAUAACAAUACCAAUCGUCAUGUAUUGUCUGGUAAAGGUUUAACGUAAUGAAGAUUUAAAAAUAUUAUUUUGUAUUUUCUGGUAUACGUGAACUUGUGAUAUCUCGUAGAAAUGAAAAAUAUUGGAGAUUAUUAUUUCCCUGUAUUUUCUGGUAUAUGUGAAGUGUCCUUACCGCUUUCUUACCCUUUAUUUUUCUCACCAAUAAAAUGCCUUCUACUAUUUUA